AAAAUUAAAAAUUUAAAUAAAUCCAUUCAAUUGAACGAACGCUCAACAGCAAUCUGUUUCAACCAUAAUGCCGCUGUUAUAGCAGCCAUUUCGUCAUGUUUUUGGUUAUGUGAAAGUUUGUUUACAAAUCUAAUCACACGUAAAUGGUAUACAUAUAAAAUUAUUCAUCAAACUCAAGUCGACAAACAUGUAUUUAAAUGUGAACACUCUGUCAUAGCACGACAAAUGGCCACCAAAUCGGGCGCAAUUAAUUCAAAUAAAUAUGCUGCUGGCAGCCAACCCUUCACAGUUCUAAUUGAAGGCAAUAUUGGCAGUGGAAAGACAACAUUUCUAAAUCAUUUUAAUAAGUUCCAAAAUGAUAUAUGCCUUCUAACUGAACCUGUUGAAAAAUGGAGAAAUUGUAAUGGGGUCAAUUUAUUGGAACUUAUGUACACUGAACCACAUCGCUGGGCAAUGCCAUUCCAAAGCUAUGUCACCUUGACCAUGUUGCAAAGUCACACACUGACUACAAACAAAAAAGUUAAACUUAUGGAACGAUCCAUUUUCAGUUCAAGAUACUGUUUUGUGGAGAAUUUAUAUUCUAACAACACACUUCACGAAGGGAUGUAUCAAAUCCUUGAUGAAUGGUAUAAAUUUAUAGAAAAAUCCAUCCAUAUUCAAGCUGAUCUCAUUGUUUAUCUUCGAACAUCUCCGGAAAUUGUUUAUGAACGAAUGAAAAAACGUGCACGCUCCGAAGAGAGUUGUGUUCCACUUAAGUACCUGCAAGAAUUACACGAACUUCAUGAGAAUUGGUUGAUACAUGAGAGAGUUGGACCAAAAAUUCCUGUUCUAGUAUUAAAUGGUGAUUUAGAUUUGGAACACAUUGGCACCGAAUACAUUCGUUCCGAAGAGAGCAUUAUAAAUUUCUCGGAUGUCGAGAGGCAAGCUAUUUUAGUUUCGCCAAGUAAAAGACAUCGUUUAUCUUAGAAUUAUUUUUCAUUUAAUUAUUGAUUUUCAAACAUGCACUUGGUUUAAAAAUUUAUGUUAAUUUUGUAUAUUUUUCUUUUUUUUAGCACAAUCUUUUGUUUGUUAAGUAAUCUCUUUAUAUUUUUAUUUUAACUAUAAAUCUAUUAGAUGGAUCUAAAGUUUUUAUAAUAUUUCUGACACAUUAUCAAUAAAAAAUAAAUAUGUAUAAUACGCUGACCUAUUUUAGAAAUAAUAAUUUGUGACCAAUAAUAAUUUAUGUAUUAAGUAAUUCCCUAAUUACAAUAAAGAAUAUUAUAAUUUCAAAUUUU